AUGUCGACCAAAGCGCAGUACGAGACCCACACCGCCGACGGCGACCAGAAGAACGCCCCUGGCCCCAACCCGGACGUUGGCAUGCACCACGACGACGACCGCAAGGAUCACGAAAAGGGCCAGCCUGAGUCGCAUCAAUCGCUCGACUCUAAGGAUGAGAAGUCCAUCAAGAACAAGCUCGCCCAGGCCGGCAAGGAGGCUAAGGAAGAAGCCCAGGCCGAGAAGGCCAAGCAGGAGGAGAAGCCCACGGACGCCGCUCGGGCUAAUGGCAACGAGCCCAGCAGGGGUGCAAAGAUCGACGAACAGAUCGAGGAGGAGGAGCGCAAGAUGCUCGAGGCCAAGGGCAUUAAGCCUUAA